AUGAACAAUUAUGAUGACAUCACUGUUACUCACCUCAGCUCCACUACAUCUGAUCACAAGCCUAUCCUCCUCCAAUGUCUUCAAAAUCAGAGUUAUGGUCCCAAACCUUUCAGAUUCCAAAACAUGUGGAUGAAUCACAAUAAUUUUCUACAAGUUAUUUCUGAUUUUUGGAAAUCUAGGUCCUAUUUGGGAGGCAUGCAUGGGCUAGCUUCUAAACUUAAAGGACUGAAAGCUGUGCUUAAAGAGUGGAAUCUCAAAUCCUUUGGUAAUAUUCAAGAGAAAAUACAAGAUGCAGAAAGGUUGGCAACUUAUGCCCAAGAAUGCUUUGAAGCUGACCAAUCUGAUUUCAACAGGGCCAACUAUAAUAAGGCUAAAGCUGAGAUCAUUAUGGCUACUGACAAUGAGUUCAACUUCUGGAAACAGAAAGCAAACUUAAAGUGGAUGGAGGAGGGUGACUCUAACACUAAAUUCUUUCAUGCCUAUGUCAAAGGAAGAAGAACCAAGUCCAUGAUCAGAGUUAUUGAAGAUUCUAAUGGUAAACCUAUUACCAAUAUUGAAGUGAUUAAAAAGAUGGCCAUUGAGCACUUUUUCAAUCAAUUCAAUAACAAAAAGUCAGUUUCAAUGUCCCCUAUUCUGGCCUACAUUACCCCUACCAUUACAGAGGAAGACAACAACCUUCUCACAAUGAUUCCUAGUGAUGAAGAGAUUAAAAAUACAGUUUGGAGCCUCAGCCCAAAUAGUGCACCAGGGCCUGAUGGGUACAAUGGCCACUUCUUUAAAUUUUGCUGGGAAAUCAUUCAUAAGGAUGUCAUUAGUGCAACCCGGGAAUUCUUCCUUGGGGUCCCUGUUCCUAUCAGCUAUG